ACAGUACAUUCGUUCACAUACACUCUGUUAUACAAGAGGAACGGUACACUGAGUGUGUAUAGGGUGUGUAGAGUGUGUGUAUGUUUGUAGUGUGUGCACAUGUGUGUGUUUAGUCUACCCAGUAGUCUAGAAGAGGGACAAAUCAAAAUGAGGACAGGAGCAGGAGCAGGUGUGCCCUGUUCUGACGGCUGAGAGCUAGGCAUGCUGGAUAAAGACCCCACCACCAGCAGCCUUCAACUGACGACCUCUGACCCCUCUGACAUUGCUGUGGAACCCAGUGACAUCACAGACGGCCUCGGCAUCAGCAGGAAGAUGUCGGACGUAGUUGAGAGUUUGGACACCAGAGAGUUGGACAUGGGAGAUGGAGAGGAGACUGACAAUGACCCUAUCACCAUAGGGGACAGUCGUAUAGGGUUCAGUGCUGUGUAUCACACCGUGGGUUUUAAAGAGUCUGAAGCCAGGGUCUAUCUCCCUACUGUCCCCAUCACUGCUAAGAUACUGGAGGUGGAGAGGUUCAACACAGCGCAGGACAGGUUCAACAUCACGGCACAGAGGAGUGUCAACAAGAGUCAGCCUGCAGUGUUUAAGAUUGAGCUGAGACAUGGAGAGUUCAGCUGGGUGGUCAAGAGAAAGGAGAAACACUUCAUGGACCUCCACAGAGAACUGGUCCGAUACAAGAUGUUCAUGAGGGUACCGCUACCCUCCCGCAGCCACACAACGAGGAGGAGGACAAUGAAGAAGAGUGAAGUGAGACAUAUGCCGGAGCUACCGCGUGGCGGAGAUGAGUUGGCACAAGACGAACAGGUCUACAGUAGAAGGAAACAGCUGGAAGAUUAUCUGAACAAGCUGCUAAGGAUGGCCAUGUACAGGAAAUACUACCACACUAUGGAGUUUAUAGACGUCAGCCAGAUGUCCUUCAUCCAUGACCUGGGACCUAAAGGACUGGAGGGGAUGAUACACAAGCGUUCCGGAGGUCAUCGUAUCCCAGGCUUGAACUGCUGUGGUCACAGUGAAGUCUGCUACCGCUGGUCUAAACGCUGGUUGGUGAUGAAGGAUUCGUUCCUCUUCUACAUGAAGCCAGACUCAGGAGCCAUUUCCUUUGUUCUCCUGUUGGACAAAGAGUUCAGCAUCAAAAUGGACUCCAAAGACACAGAGACCAAAUACGGAGUACGCAUCGACAGCCUCUCCAGGUGCCUUGUACUGAAGUUGAACAGCUACAGACAUGCUCGGUGGUGGGGCCAGGCGAUAGAAGACUUUGUCCGUAAACACGGGAGGGCGUUUCUACGAGACCAUCGAUUUGGUUCCUUCGCUCAGGAGGAGCAGAACAUCCCCGCCAAAUGGUAUGUGAAUGGGAAGACCUACAUGGAGGAUGUAGCUGAUGCUCUGGAAGAAGCUAAAGAAGAGAUCUUCAUCACUGACUGGUGGUUGAGUCCAGAGAUCUUCCUGAAGAGGCCAGUUGUGGAGGGAAACAAAUGGAGACUGGACUGCAUCCUCAAGCGCAAAGCGCAACAGGGGGUUCAUAUCUUUGUGAUGCUGUAUAAGGAGGUGGAGCUAGCUCUGGGCAUCAACAGUGAAUACAGCAAGAGAACACUAAUGCACCUGCACCCCAACAUCAAGGUGAUGCGCCACCCGGACCAUGUGUCGUCGUCUGUCUACCUUUGGGCGCAUCACGAGAAGAUCAUCAUCAUCGACCAAUCGGUGGCCUUCGUUGGCGGGAUCGACUUGGCGUAUGGUCGCUGGGACGACCGAGAGCAUCGCCUGACAGAUGUGGGGAGUGUGACACGCUCUGUUGCCCUGGAGAUGGAGCAGUCUCAGAGCUCUGCCCACCAUCCCUCCAGUAGGGGAGUGUCCUCUACUGAUGGUGCUGCCAAUAGCAACGGAGGCAACCAAUCACUGCCUGGCAACCCAGGGGUGGAGCUUCCGCGGCUGAAGGGGAUUGGUCGAACCAGGAGGAUGCACUUCUCCCUGGUCAAACACCUCCACAAACACACUCUGCAGCAUGCAGACAGCAUCAGCUCCUUGGACAGUGCUGGCAGUGGUUCAGUGCGAAGCCUCCAGACAGGUGUAGGAGAGCUGAGGGGUAACACCAGGUUUUGGCAUGGAAAAGACUACUGCAACUUUGUCUACAAGGACUGGAUACAGCUGGAGAAACCCUUCGAUGACUUCAUUGACAGGUACACCACUCCCAGGAUGCCGUGGCAUGACAUCUCCUCUGUGGUCCAUGGGAAAGCUGCCAGGGACGUGGCCAGACACUUCAUACAGCGCUGGAACUUCUGUAAGAUAAUGAAGCCUAAGUAUCAUUCUCUCUCCUACCCGUACCUCCUGCCCAAGUCUCACAGCAGUGCCAGCGAGCUGAGGUACCAGGUGCCCGACUGUGUUCCCACUAGAGUACAGGUGUUGCGGUCAGCAGCUGACUGGUCAGCGGGUAUUAAGUAUCAUGAGGAGUCCAUCCACAACGCCUACCUCCAGACUAUCGCCAGGAGCAAGCACUUCAUCUACAUAGAGAACCAGUUUUUCAUCAGUUGUUCUGACAACAAGAUGGUCUACAACAAGAUCGGAGAAGCGCUCAUCGAGAGGAUCCUCAGAGCUCACAAGGAGGGCAAGAAGUUCCGGGUGUAUGUGGUGACUCCACUACUUCCUGGGUUUGAAGGUGACAUCACAACAGGGGGAGGAAACGCCCUCCAGGCCGUCAUGCACUUCAAUUACAGGACCAUGAUCAGAGGUGAAUACUCCAUCAUCUCCCAGCUGAAGAAAGAAAUGGAUGAACUACAGUGGAUGAACUACAUCUCGUUCUGUGGUCUGAGGACCCACGCUGAGCUGGAGGGACGCCUGGUCACAGAGCUCGUCUACGUCCACAGCAAGAUGCUCAUCGCAGACGACAACACCGUCAUCAUCGGUUCGGCCAACAUCAACGACCGCAGCAUGUUGGGGAAGCGUGACAGCGAGGUGGCGGUGAUCAUUGAGGACUCUGAGACCGUUACCGCGGUGAUGGACGGACAUGAGUACCAGGCUGGACGCUACGCACUGGCGCUUCGUCUAGAGUGCUUCAGGACGGUCCUUGGAGCCCAUAUGGACACGACCAUAGAUGUGUCUGACCCUAUCUCUGACCACUUCUAUAAGGAUGUCUGGAUGACCACCGCUGGACGCAACGCAACCAUCUAUGAGAAGGUGUUCCGGUGCCUGCCGUCCUCCCUGGUUCGUAACAUGUCUGAGUUAGAGAGUUAUCAGACGAACCCAGGCCUGGCCCAGUCUGACCCAGGUAAAGCCCAGGAGGAGCUUAGGAGGAUCAGAGGGUUCUUGGUUCAAUUCCCUCUGGACUUCCUCUCAGAACAGAACCUAAUGCCUUCUGUUGGGACCAAGGAGGGCAUGGUGCCUACUGAGAUCUGGACCUAGAGGACAAGAUACACACACACUCAGGACUAGACACACACACACACACUCAGGACUAGACACACACACACACACAGACCACUGCAUUGAACUGUGGAUCUUUAGACUGAUCUCUGGACCUCCAGCUGAUAGCUGACAACUCAGCCAAUGAGACUGAUUGCCACGCGGACUAAUGAGGAAGUAAUCAGGAGGACACAACGCUACAGGAUAUUCAGAUAGAAAUAUAUUGUGUAGAACAGAUCGUCACCUCUCAUCAUGUAGGAUAGGAACCUGGUUAGCUCCACAUGAAUAUAUUUCUAUCUGCAAAUGUAUAGGUUUAGAAUGUUUCACCUGACUGAAUACACCUGAAAAUGGGUGAAGAAAAUGAGCACUUCAGUUCAAGUAGAACCUCCUUCAUUUCUAAAUGUUUUGUCCUGUUUUGUGCCUUCUGAACGCGACCCUGGACACUCUCCUAUGCCUGUCACCUACUCUGUUUGUUCUGCAUGUUCGUAUGGUCGUAGAACUACGUAAGCUUACAUACUGUCUUUAGCUGUGGGGCCUAAAGUUCCGUUUCUUUCUUUCUUUUCUAGAAUAGAGGUUGCCUUUGAGAAGAAGACAUGUAAAUGUUUCCAAUCUAAAUAUGGAAUUGUUCUGUAAAAUCGUAAAAUUGUAAAACGAGGUUUUUAACGCUCGUCACAAAUGUUAAGUGAAGCACAAAAUGUCACUAUUAAACACUCACUGAAUUUCAGCAUGAAUCACAACUACCUACAGCCUUCUGCCUUUAAUACACCUGCUGUUCUAUCACACCUUGUAAGUAUUUGUAUUGCCUGUUGUAUAAAUAAUGUAUCAUAUUGCCUAUUAUAUAAUUAAAUCAUCAAUCCCAUCAUUUCUAAAUACAUUUUCAAUAUACUUGAUAAUAAAAUCAACUUUACUGGA